AUGGCUUCGAGUGUGGAUGCAAAGCUGCUCAAGUCGACAAAGUUCCCAGCAGAGUUCAGUCAGAAGGUUGACAUGCAGAAGGUCAACGUCGAAGUCAUGAAGAAAUGGAUCGCUGGCAAGAUUUCCGACAUACUUGGGAAUGAGGAUGAUGUUGUUAUUGAGCUCUGCUUCAAUUUACUCGAAGGUUCACGUAAUCCUGAUAUCAAAGUGCUACAAAUCCAGCUUACAGGGUUUCUCGACAAGGAUACUGCCAAAUUCUGCAAAGAGUUAUGGUUGCUCUGCCUCAGCGCUCAGAGCAACCCCCAAGGCGUGCCCAAGGAAUUGCUAGAGGCCAAGAAGCUAGAAUUGAUACAAGAGAAGGUAGGGUACGCGGUUGUUUAA